UUAUUUCAGAUUAAAUGCGGGGAUCUUUUUGAGAACAAGGUAGUUGAUGAGUUCAACGAGUGUGCUGUGACGAGGAAAAAGUGUGUUCCUAAAAAAUCUGAUCUCGGAGAGUUUCCUGCCCCUGACCCUUCUGUUCUAGUCCAGAACUUCAACAUCGGAGACUUUAGUGGGAAGUGGUACAUUACAAGUGGCUUGAAUCCUACCUUUGAUGCCUUUGACUGCCAGCUGCAUGAGUUCCAUACAGAAGGUGAAAACAAGCUUGUUGGAAACAUCUCUUGGAGAAUAAAGACCCUAGACAGUGGGUUCUUUACUAGGUCAGCCGUACAGACGUUUGUUCAAGAUCCUAACCAACCUGGUGUUCUCUAUAAUCAUGACAACGAGUACCUUCACUAUCAAGAUGACUGGUAUAUUUUGUCAUCAAAGAUCGAGAAUAAACCUGAAGACUAUAUUUUUGUGUACUACCGUGGGCGAAACGAUGCUUGGGAUGGAUAUGGUGGUGCGGUUGUGUAUACGAGAAGUUCUGUAUUACCCAAUAGCAUUGUACCAGAACUUGAAAAAGCAGCAAAAAGUAUAGGCAGAGACUUCAGUACAUUCAUUAGAACAGAUAACACAUGUGGUCCUGAACCUCCGCUGGUGGAAAGACUUGAGAAGACGGUGGAAGAAGGGGAAAGAAUAAUCGUAAAGGAGGUUGAAGAGAUAGAAGAGGAAGUAGAGAAGGAAGUGGAGAAAGUCGGUAAGACUGAGAUGACCUUGUUCCAGAGAUUGGCUGAAGGGUUUAAUGAAUUAAAGCAAGACGAGGAGAAUUUUGUGAGAGAGUUAAGCAAAGAAGAGAUGGAGUUUUUGGAUGAGAUCAAAAUGGAAGCAAAUGAGGUUGAAAAAUUGUUUGGGAAAGCUUUGCCAAUCAGGAAGGUCAGGUAGAGAAGAACCAUCAUUGUAGUUCAAAUCUGUAUUUUAUACUUACUGUGUUCGGUUCAUAUAAAGUAUACAUUCUUCUUGUAAACA